CUGCGAGCGCUCGGGCUGCAGGCGGCGGGGGAGGCUGAACCGCUCCCCCUGCGGGGCGCCCGGCCGGCCGGGGCGCUGCCAGGACCAUGCCGAUCCUCCUCUUCCUCAUAGACACCUCGGCCUCCAUGAACCAGCGGGCGCACCUGGGCACCAGCUACCUGGACAUCGCCAAGGGCGCCGUGGAGCUCUUCAUGAAGCUGCGGGCCCGGGACCCGGCCAGCCGCGGGGACAGGUACAUGCUGGUCACCUUCGACGAGCCGCCCUACUGCAUCAAGGCUGGAUGGAAGGAAAAUCAUGCAACAUUCAUGAAUGAACUGAAAAACCUGCAAGCUUCAGGAUUGACUACCCUCGGGCAGGCUCUCAGAUCCUCGUUUGACUUGUUAAAUCUCAAUAGAUUAGUAUCUGGAAUAGACAAUUAUGGACAGGGGAGGAACCCGUUCUUUUUAGAGCCAUCUAUUUUAAUUACCAUCACAGAUGGAAACAAAUUGACACAUGCUGCGGGUGUUCAAGAGGAGCUUCAUCUUCCUUUGAAUUCUCCUCUACCGGGCAGUGAACUAACCAAAGAACCAUUUCGUUGGGAUCAAAGGCUGUUUGCCCUAGUGCUGCGUUUGCCAGGAGCUUCUUCUGUUGAACCAGAGCAACUAGGGAGCGUACCCACUGAUGAAUCUGCAAUCACACAGAUGUGUGAAGUGACAGGAGGUCGCUCCUAUUGUGUGCGGACACAAAGAAUGUUGAACCAAUGUUUAGAAUCUCUAGUUCAAAAAGUUCAGAGUGGUGUUGUUAUUAACUUUGAAAAAUCAGGACCAGACCCAGCUCCCAUUGGAGAAGAUGGACUUGUUGAUUCAUCCAGGCCCAUCAAUUCAUUUGCUUCUCAACCGUGGCAUAGUUGUCAUAAACUCAUUUAUGUACGACCUAACCCUAAAACUGGUGUUCCUGUUGGGCAUUGGCCAAUUCCAGAGUCAUUUUGGCCUGAUCAGAAUUCACCAACUCUGCCGCCACGCACAGCUCAUCCUGUUGUGAGGUUCUCCUGUGUAGACUGUGAGCCAAUGGUAAUAGACAAGCUUCCUUUUGACAAAUAUGAACUGGAACCUUCGCCCUUAACGCAGUACAUCCUGGAACGAAAGUCCCCCCAUGCCUGCUGGCAGGUAUUUGUGAGUAACAGUGGAAAAUACAGUGAACUUGGCCAUCCGUUUGGGUAUUUAAAAGCAAGCACUACUUUAACCUGUGUAAACCUCUUUGUGAUGCCUUACAACUAUCCUGCUUUACUUCCUCUGCUAGAUGACUUGUUUAAGGUUCACAAACUUAAGCCAAAUCUGAAGUGGCGACAGGCUUUUGACAGCUACUUAAAAACAAUGCCUCCUUACUACGUAUUGCCAUUAAAGAAAGCCCUAAGGAUGAUGGGAGCUCCAAAUCUGAUAUCAGAUAAUUUAGAUUGUGGACUUAGUUACAGUGUUAUCUCUUACCUUAAAAAACUCAGCCAACAGACAAAAAUUGAGUCGGAACGAAUAAUAGGUUCGGUGGGUAAGAAAGUUCCACAAGAGACUGGAAUUAAAGUGAAAAAUCACUCCAGUGGCCUCUCCCUGGUUCAUAGCAGGGAUUUUAAGCAGCUGCUGCAAGGGAUCACUGGUGACUCUCCAUUGAGACUGGCUGAAAUGAAUGUUAAAGAAUUUGCUGGCUUCCAUAUAGGACUCUUAAACAAGGAUUUGAAGCCACAGGCAUUCAGAAAUGCUUAUGAUAUUCCUCGUCGCAGUCUUCUAGAUCAGCUAACUAGAAUGAGAACCAAUCUGCUGAAAACACACAAGCUUAUCCUUGGACAGGAUGAAGACUGCCUUCACAGUGUUCCUGUUGCUCAAAUGGGAAAUUACCAGGAAUACCUGAAGAUGAUGCCUUCUCCCCUUCGGGAGAUUGAUCCAGACCAACCGAAAAGGCUUCAUACAUUUGGCAAUCCUUUCAAACAGGAUAAGAAGGGUAUGAUGAUUGAUGAAGCAGAUGAAUUUGUUGCUGGGCCUCAGAACAAAAUUAAGCGUCCAGGAGACCCCAACACUCCAGCAUCGCUAAAGAGAAGACGCAGUAUGUCGCCACUGUUGAGAAGACCACAGUCACCACCUGUUAUAACUAAUCAUGUUGGUGGAAAAGGACCACCCUCUGCUUCAGGAUCACCAUCUUAUCCUAACCUCAAAGCCAUCCCAGGUCACAAAGAUGCCAACAGCAGUGUAGUUCAAGAUGCUAAUGGAGGGAAGAAGGCUGAAAAUUGUCAGUCACUGGACAAACAGAUUGACGGAUUGUCUAUACAAAUGGUCCCAUCAGUUCCUGCUGCUAUGGUGGAUGAUGAUCUGCUACCAAAUGACUUGGACUCUUUGCCUGAUGAAUUCAAUUGCUUAAGUGAAGAUGGAUUGGAUCAUAAAUCUGCUACCAAUGCACUUGUUAAAGGACCUCUAAAUUACAGCAUGCCUGUUGAUGACCAAAAAAUGGUACUGGAGUCUACCUCUGGGACUGUGCCAGACUCAUUGCAAAUAACACCUACUAUGUUGGAAGGAAACAAUGCUGAUAUCAAAAUAAAAGUGAUGAAGGAGGUUCGCAAGCCUGGAAGAAAUUACGAAAAAAUCUUCGCUCUUCUUGAGGAAGUGCAAGGACCUAUGGAAAUUCAGAAAUAUUUCAUUGAAUUUGCUAUCAAGGAAGCAGCAAGGUUUAAAAAACGGGUCUUAAUACAACACUUAGAGAGAAUACUAGAGGAAAUAGAGUUCAGCAGUCUACCCAACAGAGUUAAUCAUGUCAACAGUAGAUAACAGUGUGUCAGCAAGAUACACAUGGAUCAGGGAUGAGUUUGCUGUGCCACAGAAGAAUGAAGAAAGACAUGGCUGAUGCCCUCACCAUCUUGGCAGUCAAGUGAUUUUUACUGUCAGAGUCUGAGAAGAAGCAGUGGAGCUUUAACUUUAAGAACCUCUGUCGGCAGAAGCUGGGCUGUAACCUUAAGGAUUUGCUAUGAAAGGUGUGGCUUUUUUCCUGUGGAGGGUGCUAUUCACUCAACAGGCUGAAGAAAAUAACCUUUGCUGCCCCUCCUGCAGGUGAUGAGAAUGUACUCAUUUGAACAUUGUCUUUAUAGACAUUUACGUGCUGUAGGCAGCAGGUUGCAUUAAAAAUGGGGCCUGUCAAUCAUGCACACUGUCUGCACUCUUUGGAAAGAUCCUGUGUGUUCAGAAAACCUCCCAAAAACACCCAUGUGGUAAUAUUGCAUGUUGCCACCACAGAGACAAGGGUCUUGUUCCCAGGAACUGAUAGCCAUGCCUAUAAACUUGCGUUUCAGUGUAGAUUGAAUCAGAGUAAAGAACCUGCUAUUCUGUGUUAAUGAAAGCUAAAGACAGCCCUGUGACUGUUACCACGUGAUGGUCACUAACAAUCUACCUCAGACUCUCUUCUCUUUUGUCUACAGACAUUAUGAAAGUGCACCUGAGGCUUCCCAGGUCCCCGACUUCAGUUCUCUUUCAUCCUGUGAGGAGGACGGAGAUUCUUCAGGUGGCCUUGGCACACGCUGUGCUUUGGAAGCACUAAAAGGAAACGCUUUUAAAACGUGUAUUUUAAUGUUCAUACAAAAGAGAUUAUUUUGAACAGUAUUGUUACCAGAUCACUAAUUUGAUAUUUUAACUGUAUAAAAAGAAUUUUUGGAACACGUGUAUAUAUAUGUAUAUAAAAUAAACCAUUUAUUAAUUUUUAAUAAGUGCAUAAUCUGACUGAGGAGUCUUUAGAAAUAAGUGUUGGAUCCUCUGGCUGGUACAAACAGAAAAAUAGUAAUGUUUCAGCAGAUCAUUGUAACUGAGCGAGUAAGAACUGAGUGUAAAUAGCACAGCAACACUAUCCAUAAAUUCAUUUCCCCCUCAGUCACAGAUCAUGGAAAUAGCUGCUGAAUUUGUAUACUUCCCAAUAUUUUCAGUUUGAAAGAAUUCUCUGUACAAUCCGAUUAGAAUUAGCAAAACGUCUGUAAGAAAAAUUGGCUUAUCCAAUGUAAGGUUGUGUCCUGGGACAUGUAUUAAUGCAUUAGGAAGUCCCCUGCUUAUCCAAGACCUCACUUAUCAAAAUUAAUAUCUUCCCCAUUUCAUUCAUAAAUGGCUGUGCUGUAAGUUGACUGUCAAGCUUUAAAGAACAAAUUUGGACAAAAGAACAUCACUUUUUUUCGUGAAUACAAAACAGAUGGACCAAGAUGACUGCAACACCUACAGUCAAGUAGGCUUAAAAAAAAAAGAAAAGAGGAGAGAGAAACUACCAGUUAUGUGCCAAUAGUAGGUGGCUUGUAUGACAAAGGACAUAGGAAAUAUUUGGUUAAUAUUAUAAAGUAGGAACCAAACCAACUUCAAGCAAUCCCAUCUGCAAUGGUUGUGUUUUGAAGAAGGGACUGAAGAAGAGAUCAUCUUAAGUAUCCACAAGCUUUUAUCUUGCAAUAGAAGUAUACUUUGGAAUCUGGCCAUCUAGGUAGAAUGUGAAGGAAAAUGGAUUUCAGCUGGCAAGGCUAUACUUGGCUACAAGCAAAGAGUUCCCUUCCUCACCCCUUAACAGAAAGAGUCUUCCUCAUCUGCCUCCCCACUCUGAAAGUUGCAGGUUUGCGGUCAGACCCUGCCAUAAAAAUAUCAACGAUGAGACAAAUCCACCAGGAGCAAGCCUUCACUGUGGUGUAAGAUAAUAAAGGGCUUAUCUUCACACAUGCCUUGUGAUAACAGUAACUGGAUGUAUGCUUAAAUACUGCCUCAUGGCUCUCAAAAUGGUGCAAGUGCAUCGCUUCAGGAUCUGUUACAGAAGGUUGUCUGUUUUCAGAAGACUUUAUUUCCUAGUAUCAUGGUCAGAAAUAAAGUCAAGGCCCUGAAUUUAAAAUACCUGAUCUGUCAAGCAAAAUACCCAUAGGGGUUAGUCAUUAAGACCAGUGAACCUGCCUCUAUGGCCCUUUAAUUAAGAUCAUUAAACUCUUCUACCCAUUUCAAAAGACAGCAACCUAUAUUUUUAAUAAGAUAAAGGGAAACAUAAGAACGGCUGUACCGGGUCAGACCAAAGGUCCAUCUAGCCCAGUAUCUGUCUACCGACAGUGGCCAGUGCCAGGUGCCCCAGAGGGAGUGAAGCUAUUGAUUCAUAUUGCAUAGUUUGUGUUCAGAAUUUGGUGUUUACCUUGACAAGAGAUGGCCACAUUAAGGUGGUCUUUCUGCUUUUUAACUUUGUUCAGACUGAUUUGGAAUUUCCUGCCUGACCAAGUGAACAAUAUAUAUAUCUUGUUAUUUUUGACUAUCUUAGUAAGUUGUAAAUGGCAGGGAGAGCGGAAUUUUUUUUUUUUUUUUAACCAAGUACAAGUUGAUAUGGAUGGAAAGGUUAAAGGAGAAGAGUUCUUGUUAAAAUCAGGUAAAUUCUGCUAAUGAGAGUCUUGUAGACGAAUGGUAAAGUAGGAGAAGUUCAUUUGAACCAGACAUCCAAAAUACACAUGGCCUCAGCUGGGUCAUGAACUGAGUGUAACUCCAGGACAACCAGCUAGAUGAAUGCCGGAGUGUUUAGAGAAAUAAAAGGCAGUGCUUAUCUAAAAGCCCAGUCUGCCUGUCAGCCAUGAAAAUCCCACAGUGGGGGGGAAAUAUGUGGGGAAAAUAUUAGUGGAACAACUUAAGACUCUGUAAGAAGAAUAAAUAAUGUUGCAGAGCACAGAAAGGAGAUCCACAAGACAAAUAUAAGUACUGGUUUCUCUAGGAUGCAGCUGCUGCUUUUGGAGUCACAUUCUCUACUUGUAAUGAAUGGCCGGAGCCUAGAAUGAGCUUUCUAACGGUCCCAAUUGCAUUCAGCAGUCAAAUACCCAGUGUGAAGCUUGGGGUUUGUCUGCCUAUGUAGACCGUGUCUCCAUGCAACGUUAUGGUAGUCCCCAAAGAAAGGAUCAGGACACUGCCUGGGACUGCUAACCUAUAUAUGUAGUAAGGAAAUGGGCUUCUGAAAUCCACAAGUGCUUCCUUGGUGAGUCCUUUGCUAGGUUGAUGAAUGCUAAGGUUGCGCUGUUAAAGUGAAAGGUCUGCUAGCUUUGCCACAUCGUUAAAUACACACACCUUGAAACACGAUACAGUUUGGCCAGAUUGUGUAAGUGUAUAGUUUACUGUUGCUGCGUGAGUAUACCAAUGGGCUGUUCAGUCUUUUGGAUCCUACUUUUCUUCAUGUAUCUUUUUGUGUUCCCUUACUUUUUGCUUUAAUGUGCACUCUCUGUGGUACAUUAACUUUUUUACAUCCUUUAGCGCCUACAAUUUUUUUUCCCACCCAAGGAGACAAGCAGAAAUGUCCUCACUUCUGCUCACGGGGACCAGGCACCUGCUGACACUCACCUACCACUGCUGGUCAUAAUCUGGGCACUUAUAGACAAACCUAACAAGCACAGUAUGCGUUUGUACAAUUAGAAUUUGCUAUUGCCCAUGCCCAAAUGGCAUUUUCAAAUGCCCAUAACUGUCUGUAUUAAACUGAGCGAAGGUCUUGCUCCUCACCUGAGGGACCCACCUGUAUGUCAAGCUUGAACUAUCAAAAGUCCAGCAUCAGUGAGCUUUCUGCAUCUUGAAGCAAUGGGGUGGAAAUAGUGCAUCCUCUCUUCUGUCCUUCCCUGCACCCUCUUCAAGUCUUGAUUCAAAAAUGGCUGAUGGGGACUACCUCCAUACUUAAAAAAUAAUUCCCUGGAAAGCUUCAGUGCAGAAGAGGACUCUCUCUUUCAAAGUUAGGAACAAGCAAAAAUGCAUGGAAACCAAUCGGUACAUUUAACUGUAGCGUUUGCUACCAGCCAACGCAAUGGCAACGCCUUAGGGAAAUGUGCUUUGUAAAUAGACUCCUCGUCGUGAAGAGCCUGCCAGCCCACCUCUCCUGAAGGUGACACACCGAACACCAUGCCAAAGGAAGGCCUGCAGAUGGAGACGGGAAAGAACAGUGUAGGCAGGCUUUGUAAAAGGAGGGAGUUGAUGGAAAUGUUCAGCCUACUGAUGCAGAACAAUGCUAAUUCAGUGCCUGUAGGAAAGGACUUAAUUCUAACUGAAAUGGAGAAAGGUAGCAUUCUUGUCCUGCGACAUUGGCCCUAUGGCCAAGGAUAGAGGGAGUUUCACACCUGGAUCCGCUUCUGCCAUUUACAAUUUCAUUACCCCUGUCCUUCAUUGCAAGGAAGGAAGGAGGUGAUAUUCCAAACAAUUUCAGAUUAGCAAUGCAGCCUUGAUAAAGGGCAAAUGCAAUUGGUAAUGGAAACUACUCCUUCCAUUAGCCUGUCACCCAACCAUAUCUCUGCUUUUCCUUUUUCCCGCUCAAAUGAGAUCACUUGUUUUAUUUUUACCGUGAAACCUUCCACUGACAGCCUUUGUACUGAUCUUCCUUCCCCGUCAUAGUAGGUACAGCAGUGCUGCAACUCUUGUUUGAGUCUUUGGGUCAGGAAAAGCAGCUGUUGUAAAGCUUUUUUCCAGCUUAAAGUGCUCUAGCCUAUUUAGAAUGUUCUUUAAAAAUAAAACAUACCAGCUAAUUCUUGGACCUAAAUGUGUGAGUGUGGUGCCGGCAGCAGUGGGUAGUCUGGAAAAGCAAUGUGUUCAGGACAGAGUUUUCCUGGCCCUGUUAAUGCUACCGGUUAUAACCUUGUUUUGAGAAAUUUUUCGCGCAUGGCUAAGGCACAAGAUGGUUGUAGUGCCCCAUGUUUAUCAGCCAGUUGGGACCAUGCUGCAGAUUUACCUGGGUGGGUGACUUAGAGCACUAUUUAAAAAAUAAAAUCUGUCUCUGCAAUGGAUUAGGAAACCAUACAGGCAGAUUGUUGUGAUGAACAACUCUGUCCAAAUCAUAUUUAUUUUUUAACGUUGCUGCUGGUGCUGUUUUAUCCAUAAACGUAUGGCUAAGCCUAAUCGAGAGCAGCUUGGUCUGGGGAUGAUCUGAGAAGGGAGUGGGGAGAGCAUGGAAAACUUAGCAAUCACAUGUUUGACCCUCUUUUAAAAACUACUGUGUGUUAUCUUGAGCAAGUCACUUCACCACUUACUCUGUCUGUGCCAGGAAAUAUUCGUAAAGUUCUCGCUGUUGCGUCUACUGAUUCAGCUCCAACAGGGACGGUAAUGGCAGAAGCCCUAGUGAACAGACAAGGCUCUACAUGGCUGCUAGCAUUUUAAUUGUCAUCUAACCUUGGUCAUUGCAGGUCUGCUUAAAAUCCCAGCAUCCCCUGGCACCUUGCUAGUCCUUCCAUAACUAGGGCUGAAAGGUGGGAAAUGUAGGGCGGGAAGGAACCAGUCCAGCUGCCUGCGCUGAGGCAGGACCAAGUAAACCAGGACCAUUGCUGACAGAUGUUUGUCCAA